GUCCCUUCUUGUUAUUCCUGACUCCACCAACACACUGCAACCUCCUGGGAAAGGGUAGCAUGUGUGUGUUGGUGUGUGGGUUGAUGUCUAUGCAUGCAUUCCUACAUCUUUAACAAUGAUGCUGUGUGUGCAUGUGCAUGUGCGUGUGUGUGUGUGUGUUGUAUUGUGAAUUGAAACAUGACUAUCGCCAGUAGCUUUAUUUUGAGUUUGAUCUGUUGUUCGCAAAAGUCGUUUACUAUUUCAGUUUUGUGUUUUUAAGAUGUUUGGGUCCGAGUCUAUUUGGGUUUUUUUUUAAAGUGGAGUAUCACUCAAUUUAAAAUAUGGCUGCUUUUUACGACAAGAACGACACAAAAAGCUGAAUUUAGAAAUUAAGUGGUAUUUCUCUUUAAGGGAACUUCUCCAGCUCUUUCUCUCUCACUCCCUUUAUCGCUCUUUCUCUCUCUUUUUCUCUCUCUCUCUCUCUCUCUCCAUGUGUUUUAUUGAGUAAGCCACAGCAUUUUGCUGAAUUGCUCUGUUGUAUAUAAUCAGUCGAGCUCAUGAAACGCAUGUUAGCAGCAACCAGAGCUAAUUUCGGCUCAUAGAAGCACAUUAAAGGCUUGGCUUUUUCGCUCAUGUGAAACAUAAAUCAUGGUUUAGCAAACGUCAUGCCUAUUUGAUAAAUAGUUUUUCUUUUCCUGCAGGAGAUUGUACUGGUAAAGUAAUCGUAGUAAACGUUAGAACCUUAAAGCUUUCCGUGUUUCAUUUCAUUCAGACACUGAAACACGCUUAUAUGCUGCUGAGAGCUGAGUUAUUAAUCUUCUCCCGCAGCUCUCGGCCAGAAAUGUAUCCAUUCCGCAAAAUGUCUUUUUGCAUUAAACGUGUCUUUUUUGAUUUUACGACAAUCCAGUGAACGACUUAGCCUACAACUCAACGUCCAGUGCUUUCUUCAGCCCAUUCCACAACGUCGCUGCUAAUCUUGAGCAAAUCAGCCUCAGGCUUUAGAAAAGGAUUUCUGAUAAGUUUCGGGACACGUCCCCACAGAGCCUGAUAAGUCCUGGGCAGAGCUGCGAGGGCAGCACUCAGGACAGCAGAUGUUUGACUCUUGUUUCCAACAGCUGAGUCUGCACACUGAUUUUAUUUUAAACAGCACCAUCUGGUUUGGAUAGACUCGGUCCAUCUUUCCCUCUCAUUUCCCUCAUGGCUCUCUCCUCUCGCCCUCUGCCUCUCUUUCGAUCUGAUUCUGCACAGACUCUGUCCUAAACGUUGUCGUUUGCUUCCAUCACAGCUAGACUCACUAUUUCUUUCUAAGGGUUUUCAUCUCGCUGCCCUUGCCUCCUUCCUCUUGCUUUCUCUCUCCUGUUGACUCUCUUUCACUUUCUUCUUCCUUUCCGUCUUUGUCUCUCCUCUUUUUCUCUCCCUCGUCUCCCCACCGCCACACAGUUUACUCCCUGCAGCCCAGCUGCUCUCACACAGACAGAUAUGCACAACACAUGCUCAGCUGACACUCUCCGCCAAGUGUGUGAGAGAGAAAGAGCGGAGCUACGUGGGUGUUGCUUUGGUGUGCGCAGGAGUUGUCGAAGCUCUUCGUGCUUUAUUCCUUUAGUUUUAUUUUUACACCUGUUUUGUGUCGGUGACCCUUCCUACCAGAGCGGACGCACGAGACUGAUGACUAUGCUGAGAUAGUUGAUGAAGAGGACACAUACACCAUGCCGUCCAUCAGCUAUGGAGUGGUUGAAGCGCGUGACUAUGAGAUCCAGAGGGACCGGAUAGAGCUGGGCCGCUGCAUAGGAGAGGGUCAGUUUGGAGAUGUACACCAAGGAGUCUAUAACAGCCCGGAGAAACCAUCUCUAGCUGUCGCCAUUAAGACCUGUAAGAACUGCACAUCUGAUAGCGUCAGAGAAAAGUUCCUGCAAGAAGCAUUGACAAUGCGUCAGUUCGACCACCCUCACAUCGUCAAGCUGAUCGGAGUGAUCACAGAAAACCCCGUGUGGAUCAUCAUGGAGCUGUGCACCCUGGGAGAGUUACGUUCCUUCCUUCAGGUGAGGAAGUACAAUUUGGAUUUGUCCUCGCUCAUUUUGUUUGCCUACCAGCUCAGCACGGCGCUCGCAUAUCUGGAGAGUAAACGCUUUGUACACAGGGACAUAGCAGCACGCAAUGUGUUGGUCUCUUCAGUCGACUGUGUGAUGCUCGGAGACUUUGGUCUGUCGCGAUACAUGGAGGACAGCUCUUACUACAAAGCAUCGAAAGGGAAACUUCCUAUUAAGUGGAUGGCUCCUGAAUCUAUCAACUUCAGAAGAUUCACCUCUGCCAGUGACGUGUGGAUGUUUGGUGUGUGCAUGUGGGAGAUCUUGAUGUUCGGCAUCAAGCCUUUCCAGGGAGUGAAGAACAAUGACGUAAUUGGCAGAAUAGAGAACGGCGAGCGAUUGGCUAUGCCUGCGCAGUGCCCGCCCACCUUCUACAGUUUGAUGACCAAAUGUUGGUCGUAUGAUCCCAGCAAGCGGCCGCGAUUCACCGAACUCAAAACACAACUCAACACCAUACUGGAGGAAGAGAAGCUUCAGCAAGAGGAGAGACUUCGAAUGGAGAUGAGGAGACAAGUCACCGUGUCCUGGGACUCGGGAGGGUCCGACGAAGCUCCGCCUAAACCCAGUAGACCAGGUUACCCAAGUCCUCGUUCCAGUGAAGGCUUCUUUCCCGGCCCCCAACUGAACCACUUCCCGCCGUCAGCCCAUGGUGUCAUAGGAGGAGGGGGGGGCAACUACCCUGCUAUUGAUUCCUGGAAUCAGCACAGACCUGAACACACUGCGCUGUGGAUCCCUACCAUGGAGGACGAUGGCUGUGGAGGCCAGGCUGUGAUGGAGGAGAGGCUGAUGAUGCAGCAACAACAGAUGGAGGACGACCAGCGGUGGCUGGAGCAGGAGGAGAGCUUCAUGGUGAUGGUAAUGAAGGCAGAGUCCAGAAACAGCCGAGGAAGCAUCGACAGAGAAGACGGGACACUACAAGCACCGGGUGGAAACCAACAUAUUUACCAGCCUGUAGGGAAACCAGAACAUGUGGCUCCUCCGAAGAAACCGCCCCGCCCGGGAGCUCCUGGUCACCUAGGCAACCUGGCAAGUCUUUGCCCUAUUGACAGCUACAACGAGGGGGUGAAGCUGCAGCCUCAGGAGAUCAGCCCGCCCCCCACGGCCAACCUGGACCGCUCCAACGACAAAGUGUACGAGAACGUGACGGGAUUGGUCAAAGCCGUGAUCGAGAUGUCCAACCGGAUCCAGCCUGCAGCCCCGGAGGAGUACGUCCCCAUGGUCAAGGAGGUCGGUCUUGCACUGAGGACUCUGCUAGCGACUGUGGACGAGACGCUUCCUGUUCUGCCAGCUAGCACACACAGAGAGAUCGAGAUGGCCCAAAAGCUGUUGAAUUCAGAUCUGGCCGAGUUAAUAGCAAAGAUGAAACUGGCCCAGCAGUACGUCAUGACGAGUUUACAAAAGGACUACAAGAAGCAGAUGUUGAUGGCGGCUCACGCCCUCGCAGUCGACGCCAAGAACCUGCUGGAUGUCAUCGACCAAUCGCGACUCAAGAUGAUCCGCCCGCAUUAGUGUCGCCGUGGAGCGUGUGCAGUAGCUCGUAGCCAAUCAGAAGAGAAGAGGACUCGCGGAUCAGUGACGGACAGACGGACGAGCACGUGAGCUGAUGGACAGCGGACUGAAACAAUGAGCCCCUCCUCUCCUCCAGACAUUCAUCGUUUCUUUGUUGCUCCGGCGACGGUCAUGUUUUGAUCAAUAUUGUGAUGCUUUGUACUUCUGUCGCAUCAUUUGCUUUUGUAUCUCGAGAAAAACGCUUUUGUCCUCCAUCCCGUAUCCUCAAAGAUGAGGUUAUUUCCUCUUUCUUUUUUUUCUUCUUUUUUUCUCAUUCGUCACUACUUUUUAAACUUUGAAGAAAGUGAAUCACACGAAGGUUUCGGAGGCUCGAAGGACUGCGGAGAUAUUUUGGUGUUUGGACGCAUCGAAAUGUGCCACUUACACCCGACUGACAGUCGUAAGCAGGAAGUAACAACUGGAACUGAAGAGCCAGGAUGAGGAGGAGGAGGAUAAUGAAGAUGAUAUGAUAACGUUGCUGUUUAAACAUGCUUUUAUAUCAUUAUUAAUUAUUACUAUUACUAUUUUCAGCCUUGACUCUUACAGUACGUCUGUGUCCGGUCUUCUUCUUGAAAAUUCAAUGGGCAAAAAUAAGUGAUUGAUAGCUGCUCAUAAAUAGUUUCAUCUCUUGUUUCUCCUUCUCUCUAGACCUCGAUCUCAGGCACCGAGAGAUGAAAUGAAAUGAAAUAUGAAAUCUGUAUUUUGAAGAACAAAGUAAAUGUCACAGGCCACUUUUUAAGUUAACUCGCAUAGUAAAUAUACAUAGAGGCUAUAUUUUUAACAUGUUCCUGAGGUAUGAAUUGUUCGUGAAGAAGGGAGAAGGAUGAACAGAGGGGGGGAAGGGCGUGUUUCAGUUACAAUGGUGGUCCUAAUUAUGUACAGGAGGUGCCAAAUGUUCUGCAAUGACACACAAAAAAGGAUUAUUUCACUCAAAUUAUGGUUUUAUUCAAUAAUUCCCCAUGUUUAGCAGCAGCUCACCUGUCAUUGCUGCAGACGGUUCGACAAACAUGUCAAACGCACGGCUUCUUUAUUGCUCGUGUUGAGCAUUGAAGCCAAAUGCUGAUGUUGCAUCAGUGACGCCGUCGUCGUGGGUUACUCCUGUCCUCUGACUCGUCACAUGACGCAGGGCAAGCUCUCAGCGACGCCCUCGUUGGCAAAUUUCCCUCACUUUCAGGAAUUGGAUUUUCAGGGACAUUGAAAUACUUUUGGGGGGUAAAAAGCGAAAGUAAUAUUGAGAGGAGGGGUUGGUGGCCUCGAUGGAGCACAGGUUCAUCGGGUCCAUCGUGUGAAGUGUUCAUCCCCAACAUGAUUUGCUUUUAUCAGUCCUUCUACCUCCCUCCACUGGAGUUAUUUAUACUUUCAUUCCCCUUCUGCUCUGCCACCCCCACUCCUGUUCUCCCUGUUACCUCCCUCCUUCAGCCUCAUAUUGCUCUCCUCCCUCUGAUUCUCUCCAUUCCCUCUCUCCUGAGGUGAGCAACAUUCUCAGGAAGGAGUCACAUGUACAGUUGCUGAACCAAGCAAAUAAAAACACUGUUAUCAUUGA